UUGUCGCUCAAGUCGCAGAAAUCGCUUUUUGAGGAGGCUAGUCAGCCCGUGGCGAGACCUGCUCUCCGAUCGGACUCUGUUGAAGAAGACGAAUUGCGCGACUCCGUGGGAACCUUGAACUACUUCGACCGCAAGGGGUACAGAGUAUCCAAUGAUACAUAUAACUCGCUGCUGUUCAAGAACUCAACCGGUUCGAUGGUUAGCAUAGAUGAGAGCCCUGUUAUGAUAGACCACCUGCCCGACAGCAUCAAGCUGAUUGUCGACUCACGUCCCAGCGAUCAGGUCCAUGAUCUCGACUAUUUCGAUGGUGCCCAGUACAGUGCAUUUUGGCUCAUAACGGAAGACGAAGCACAGACUCUCACAGACUGGAACUCUCUUGAAUUCCAUCGCCAGAAUGCAAUUUUCGAGCUGUUUCUGCUGCUUCGCAAGUUCAGAAUCAAUCUGAAGCGCAUGGUCUUCCAUUACGGCCCAGCCUUUAAAGAAGCGAAGAACCUCACUGCAGACCAGGAGGCAGAUUUCCAGAAAACUUUCGUUCCCCUAAGGGCCCUAUACGAGUACCUGGAGAAACUAGUGCGCAAACGAUUGAAACCAGCUUUUGAUAACCACUUUUUUGUCAACGACCGCUACGUACUAGACUCUUUGAAGAACUGGCUCUCGAAACUUGAACGUGAUUACGAGUACAUAUCCCGAAGCAUGGUGUAUCUGGCGAAAAUUGCUGCCAACGAACAGUUCAGAGAAUGGAUUCAGGUCACUGAGCAAACGGACGAGCUGGCUCUCGGGAACAACUAUCUUGCAUCUGCCAGAGAGCUUUUCCACUCUUAUUUUCUUCAAGCUUUUGCUCCAAUGAGACUUAUGGUGCUGGAUCUCAAAAAGCUGUACACGAAAAUGGAGGACGACAAACUUGUUGCGUUGGCUCAGGACAUAUUUGACCUCCUCAACAAAAUCAACAAGAUCAGCGACUUUACCACCGAUUUAGACAAGAAGAUCAAAUUGAAUGAGAAGCUGGUCUGCACAGACUAUUUAUACCUGGAAAUGGUGGAUCUCUUUAAUGCCAAGAGAAAACUUCGUGUUCCAAUAGACAUCAAUCUUCGCACAGCCGUCUCUUCAGAAAGUGCCAUCCUCUACCUUCUAGACAACUACUUACUUCCGCUGGUAAAGCGCGAACAUAAAGAAGCCAGCUACUUGCUUAACAAGCCUCCUAUUGCGUUGCAAUAUCUUGAACAUACGGUACUUGAGGAAAAUGGAGAAAAAACACUAAUAUUGAAAGACGCUGGGAACUGUUACACAUACAAUGUCCGGAACGAGCGCGUAGAUGCUCCUACUCUUUUCAACAAUUUCAUCAAGGACAUUCCGAAAUAUAAAGAUGAACUGUUCACCAAACUAAGCAAAGCAUACGAACUCAAACUAAUCAACGGCACAUCAUUCCAGAUUCCGGUUCCUUAUUACGAAUACACUGUGCCGCCAAUUGAGAAAAAAGAACUUGAUCUUGUACAACAGGCUCUUGCUCAAUCGAAGUUUAAGCCCUACUCCGUCCCCCCAAUUGCUAAUACCCAGGUGCUCAGCGUUGACACUUUCCGUAGGGGUAGCGAACUUUUCUUUGUUGUUGGAACAGCCGACGGGCUUUACAUGGGUAAACACGACCAGCCAGCAACGUGGAAAAAGAUUUGUUCGUAUCCAGAUGCCGUCAAAAUUACCAUCAUGCAUGAGGAUAUGGCUUUCGUCCUUCUAAAAGACAAGCUCUACAAGGUGGACACAAAGGAUAUUUAUGACUGUUACGAGCGAAAUCUGCCGUGCAACUCCAGACUGUACCAGAUUGCAAAAGGCGUGAACUCGUUUGAAGUGGGUCCCCAGACUAUCCGUCGUGGACCAAUCGUGAUGGAGUGCGAUAUCUUAUUUUACUGGACGGACAAAAAAAUUAUGUUCAGUAUUGUGACUGCCAGCAACGGAUGGAAGCUGAAGUUUGAGUCAAUGAAGCCAAUCUUCAAGGUUCUUGGGCUGCAGCUACUAUACCCAACAGACUUUGUGAUCAAGCACAUCAAUGAGAACAAUCCCAUUUUUUACCUAUCGAACCUCAACACGAUGGGGAACACGCAACUUAACAAGACAGACUCGCAAAGGGACCUCAAGUCGCGUGUACGUGGACAGAAGCCAAUUGCCGCUUUCAAGCAACCUGUCAACGACAAACACACCGACUAUGACCUGUUGCUGGUCUACUCCCGAUACUGUAUGUUUGUGAAGUACAGCAAAGAGCAGAUCGUGACCAUUUCACGAACAGAAAUUCUCCGUUUCGGUUUCGAGGUUCAGAACGCCACGUACGACAGCUGCGAGCAGAUCCUGGUUGUUUGCGGCGAGCAGAACAUUGAGAUCUGGAAGAUAUUUAAGGACCGACAGGCCAAGUCUGAGCUUAUAGGAUGCGUGAUUGGGUCGCAGGCCAGGCUUUUGAACAAGACGCCCGGAAAAAUCAUCAUUGGCGUGAUGAACAGCGAGCACUACGCUGGGAAGGGCAACCAGCUACUUUUGCACUUGCGCAAGCGCAAAUAG